AUGGCUAGCUCUACGCAAUAUCAAUCUGGUGCUAUCGUUCACAUCACACAAACGGAAAAGGGAUAUAAAGUUGAACAAGUUAAGCUUUUCGAGCCACCUCCGUUCAAACAACCGCGUGAUGGUCGCAUCGACAUCAACUUCAAUAUUGGUCCUAUUAGUGCCCACGGAUGGAUAGACACAAAUUCGCUUGCAGUCCACCUUGAACUCAGCGUUCUCGGCAUUUCAAUCGGCGCAGCUGAUUUCGAUCUCGAAAAAGGCUUUGAAAUCGGGGUUGAUCUUUCAGUCAUAUCGGGGAAAAUCAGGUUUUAUGGGAAGAACGGAAGUGAGCUUUGGAUGCGGUAUGAAUUGAAAGCCCUGUUUCAAACAUGGGAGGACGACGUCAAGAUUAUUGGUUGGUAAAGUAAAGAUCUUGAGGGUCUUCGCUUGUAGAAAAUACCAAUCAUUCGAAGACUUGCAAUUGUUCAUGGGAAGUCACUAUCUACCACAUUAACGAACUUCAACAUGUUAGGGAC